AUGGCUGAAGACGUUGAGACCUUCAACGCUGGUUUGGGCGCCGCUCUGGAAGUACGCACACCUACCUGCGAUCCAGGAGGCCUUUUGUGGGCAGAGGAGUUGUGGCGUUGGGCUUUAGCGCGAACCUUUGAGAUGGAUGGCCUGAAGUAUGGGACAUGUGCGAGACUAUUGGACAUGCACCAGCGCCACGACGAAGUUGAUAAGAUGAUCGCGAGAGCUGCGGCAGCAGGAGAGACAUGGUUAAACCAUGCAUUUCUAGGCGCCUUGGUGAACACAGCUGCCGAGAGGGGAGAUUGGGCGCGAGCCGAUGACGUGUGGCCGCGGCUGGUUACUGAUUUUGAGGUUGAGCCAACUGUAAUCGAAUAUACCGCACUGUCGAAAGCUCACAUGAUGUGCGGUCGCGCUGAGGAGGCUCUGCAAGUUUUUGUCGAGGUGGACCAGCCUGAUUCCUAUGCGGUAGUCGCCCGCGUUCAGCUACUCAAGCUGGUUUUUGUCCUUCUGCGCCACCGCAGAGGAAUGCACGCCGUCUUCAGCAAGCUCUCGAGGAUGGCGAACAGGUCAUCCAGAGUGACGGCACCAGACAGAUAG